UUUAGAUUAUGUUUUGAAUUUUAUCUACAUUUGUUUGUUUGCUCUAAUGUUUUCUUUAUCUUGAAGCCUCCAACUUUUUAAAUGAAUCUAAAACCUAGUACGAAAACAGUUACUACACAUGUACUAGCAGCUCGGAAGGAUAAGCCCCGACUUGCGAACAAGAGGAACAAGGAAUUCAUACACAAUAAGGAGUAUCUUAGAUUUGGAGCGGCCUCUUCAGUGCAUUUUGGGCUGGCGACAUGUGAAGUAGAGGCAAGGAAUUCGUACACAAUAGGCAGUAUUUUAGACUUGGAGCGGUCUCUCCAGUGCUUUUUGGGGCUGGAGAGGAGCCGGAUGCUCCAACUAAAUGAGGUAUGGCAAAGAACAAUUUGAAUGAUUGGACAUGUUGGGUACAAAUAGCAGGCAGAAUACUGAAUCAAACUCAACUAAAGCAGUUACAUGCGCAGCUUAUCCAAAACUCCCUCCACCACCGUAACCACUGGGUGGCACUGCUCAUCAACAGCUGCGCGCGUCUGCGCGCCCCACUCUCCUACACCCGGAUCAUUUUUCAUUCAACGCCUUCCCCCAAUCUCUUUGCCUUGAAUUCUAUGGUUGAAUACUACUUCAGUCUUCAUGUUUGUAAAGAGAAGGAAGUGGAAUUAUUGACCUCUCUGUUUUCUCAAUUGCUAGCAAGCAACAAUAAGCCUGGUUCCCUUUAUCCUAUUCUGAUCAAAUCAUCUGGAAAAGCUGGCAUUUUGUUUCAUGUCCAUCUUCUGAAAUUGGGUCAUCAUCAAGAUCCUCAUACGCGCAAUGCCAUUAUGAAUGCUUAUUCCAAAUUUGGCUCAUUUGAGAUGGCUAGGAAACUAUUUGAUGAAAUACCUAAGAGAAUGGUUGCGGAUUGGAAUUCCAUGAUUUCUGGAUACUGGAACUGCGGUAUGGAAGCUGAAGCAUGCAGUCUCUUUAACUUGAUGCCUGAAAAUGAGAGGAAUGUCGUUACUUGGACAGCGAUGGUUACUGGCUAUGCCAAGAUAAAGGAUUUGUUCACUGCGAGAAGCUAUUUUGAUCGGAUGCCGCACAGAACUGUGGUUUCAUGGAAUGCAAUGCUCUCUGGUUAUGCUCAAAAUGGCUUAGCGAAAGAGGCUUUACAAUUGUUUCAUCAUAUGAUAAAAGCUGGGAAUGGGACUGAACCAAAUCAAAUCACAUGGGUCACUGUCAUUUCUUCAUGCUCAUCGCUUGGCGAUCCCUCCCUUGCGGACUCACUUGUCAAAAUCCUGUACAAGAAGAAGGUUCAGCUGAAUUCUUUUCUCAAAACAGCCUUGCUUGAUAUGCAUGCAAAGUGUGGGAAUCUUGAGACUGCUCAAAAAUUUUUUGAUAAGCUCAGCGUGCACAGGAGUUGCACUACAUGGAAUGCCAUGAUUUCAGCAUACACGAGGUUUGGCAAUUUGGCUUUAGCUAGAGAGCUCUUUGAUAGAAUGCCCGUAAGGAAUAUUGUCUCAUGGAACACGAUAAUUGCUGGUUUUGCCCAAAAUGGGCAUCCUGAAAUGGCAAUUCGGCUCUUCGAAGAAAUGAUAGCUACUACUGACUUGAAACCAGACGAAAUAACUAUGGUUAGUGUUAUCUCAGCAUGUGGACACCUUGGGGAUUUAGAAAUGGGAAAUUGGAUUGUCAAUUUCCUUGUUGAUAACCAGAUCAAGCUGAGCAUUUCUGGUUACAACUCUUUGAUUUUCAUGUAUUCAAAAUGCGGGAGAAUGGAAGAUGCUGAAAGGAUAUUCCAGGAAAUGAAAAUAAGAGACAUUGUUUCUUUCAAUGUGCUGGUUUCAGGAUUUGCCGCCCAUGGCAAUGGAAUUGAAGCUGUGGAACUAAUUUCUAGGAUGAGAAAAGAAGGUAUUGAGCCAGACCGUAUUACUUAUAUCGGUGUCCUUACAGCAUGCAGCCAUGCAAGAUUAUUGAAAGAAGGUCGCAGGGUAUUUGAAUCAAUAAAAUGUCCAACUGUAGACCACUAUGCUUGUAUGAUUGACUUGUUAGGUCGAGUGGGUGAACUAGAUGAAGCAAAGAGAUUGGUUGAUCAUAUGCCAAUGGAACCACAUGCAGGAAUUUAUGGCUCUCUUCUUAAUGCCAGCGUAAUUCACAAAAGAAUUGAACUUGGGGAGUUUGCAGCAAAUAAGCUCUUUCAGCUUGAACCAACUAAUUCAGGAAAUUAUGUUCUGCUGUCAAAUAUAUAUGCUUCAGCUGAGAGGUGGGAUGAUGUGGACCGAGUCAGAGAAUCAAUGAGAAAAUUAGGAGUGAAGAAGACAACCCGUUGGACAUGGGUGGAACAUGAUGGUAAAGUGCAUAAGGUCAUUCUGGGAGAUAGAUCAUACGAGCGAUGAUUUGAUAUCUAUAAGCUAUUGGAUGAACUGUGCAGGAAAUGCGAAGGCUUACGAUACAUUGCUAAUAAGAGUUACAGGCUAAGAGAUGUUGAAGACGAAGAGAAGGAAGAGAUGGUGGGCACUCAGAGCGAGAAAUUGGCUGUUUGUUUGGCUCUUCUUGUAGUGAAAUGGGGGCUGUUAUUCGAGUGGUGAAGAAUUUAAGAAUUUGUCAUCAUUGCCAUACUGCUAUAAAAAUUAUCUCUAUGUUGGGACGAAUGGAGAUACUAGUGCGGGAUAGACGGGUUUCAUCAUCUCAUUUACAGGUAAUGGCUCUUGUAGAGAUUAUUGGUGAGGAAAGCAAACCUAACUUUUUAUGAUCACUAGAAUUUGAGCCCGGCAUAGCGGGUUGACCGUUUCUCAUUUUUAAUAUUUUUA